AUGAGUAUUCCUCAAGGUUCCCUUAACAUUGCCGUUUGGGCCGAUAGCCACAACAUGAAAUGCCGUUUGAUAAUAAGUUUCUUACUGACAGCAUGCACAAAUAGUUUGCGAUAUACUCAUUCGGUGAAUCCUGGAAACGUUGUCAAUAUCGAUGUGUUCGGCGAAUCUCGGUGUAUUCAUACAACAAUUUUCUUACGAGAGCAACUUUUGCCAGCCUAUAGAGCAUUUGGAUCUCGACUGCGUAUACAAUAUCAUCCAUUCGGCUUGACAAAAUACACAAAAUGCGAGUGGGGAGGCCGACACAUAGAGUGCUUCUGUCAGCAUGGACCUCGAGAAUGUGAAAAGAAUGCUCUUCAAGCGUGUGUGGUGUCGUAUCUACCUGAUACCGAUGACCAUAUUGAACUGGGUAGGUCAGAACUCUGA